CGCGUGACGCUCUUCCUGUGCGCCGCCUAACGUCUCUGUGGCGCUGGUUCCUCAGCCUCUGAGCCGUGAAGGUGACAGCCGGAGGUGACCGGCCUGGCCCCCGCAAUGCUGGUGGCACGACGGCUGCUUGGCGGGUCGCUCCCAGCGCGGCUCUCUGUGCGUUUCAGCAGCGAAACGACAGCACCCAAGAAAACCACAUUUGGCUCACUGAAGGAUGAAGACCGCAUCUUCACCAACUUGUAUGGCCGUCAUGACUGGAGGCUGAAAGGCGCCCAGAGUCGAGGUGACUGGUAUAAGACAAAGGAGAUCCUGCUGAAGGGGCCCGACUGGAUUCUGGGUGAGAUUAAGGCAUCAGGCUUGCGGGGCCGUGGAGGUGCUGGCUUCCCCACUGGGCUCAAGUGGAGCUUCAUGAAUAAGCCUUCAGAUGGCAGGCCCAAGUAUCUGGUAGUGAAUGCAGAUGAGGGGGAGCCAGGCACCUGUAAGGACCGGGAGAUCAUGCGCCACGAUCCUCACAAGCUGGUGGAAGGCUGUCUGGUGGGGGGCCGGGCCAUGGGCGCCCGUGCUGCCUAUAUCUACAUUCGUGGGGAAUUCUACAAUGAGGCGUCCAAUCUGCAGGUAGCCAUCCGAGAGGCCUAUGAGGCAGGCCUGAUUGGCAAGGAUGCCUGUGGCUCUGGCUACGAUUUUGAUGUGUUUGUGGUGCGUGGGGCUGGGGCCUACAUCUGUGGAGAGGAGACGGCCCUGAUUGAGUCCAUCGAGGGCAAGCAGGGCAAGCCACGCCUGAAGCCACCCUUCCCAGCAGAUGUAGGAGUGUUUGGCUGCCCCACAACCGUAGCCAAUGUGGAGACAGUGGCUGUGUCCCCCACCAUCUGUCGCCGCGGGGGUGCCUGGUUUGCCAGUUUUGGCCGAGAACGCAACUCGGGUACCAAACUAUUCAACAUCUCUGGCCACGUCAACCACCCUUGCACUGUGGAGGAGGAGAUGUCUGUUCCGCUGAAGGAGCUCAUAGAGAAGCACGCUGGGGGUGUCAUCGGUGGCUGGGACAACCUCCUUGCUGUGAUUCCUGGCGGCUCGUCCACCCCACUGAUCCCCAAGUCUGUAUGUGAGACGGUGCUGAUGGACUUCGACGCCCUGGUGCAGGCUCAGACAGGCCUGGGCACAGCGGCGGUGAUCGUCAUGGACCGCUCGACAGACAUCGUGAAAGCCAUUGCCCGCCUCAUUGAGUUCUACAAGCACGAGAGCUGCGGCCAGUGUACCCCGUGCCGCGAGGGUGUGGACUGGAUGAACAAGGUGAUGGCUCGCUUCGUGAGGGGGGACGCUCGGCCAGCUGAGAUCGAUUCCCUGUGGGAGAUCAGCAAGCAGAUAGAGGGCCACACCAUAUGUGCUCUGGGCGAUGGGGCCGCCUGGCCUGUACAGGGUCUCAUCCGCCACUUUCGUCCAGAGCUUGAGGAUCGGAUGCAGCGGUUUGCCCAGCAGCACCAGGCCCGACAGGCUGCUUCCUGAGCCCAAACCCCGGCCUGCUGCCUUGCAUUCCUGUCUGGAUACUGGACAAUAAAGCAAGUGCUACCCAUUCUC